AUGAUCGUCCCUUCGCUUAAUCCACAGCCGCAGGAGCAAGACCAGCAAGAAGUGAAUAGAAAUGAGGAAAUGGUCAGAAACAGCUCCCCACAACUCUCUUGUUCCAUUACUUCACCAUGUGUGGAUGAUUAUAAUAAUGAUGAAAAUGAGACGAAUAGCAGAACAAGUAGUAGUAAUCCACUUACAGAAUCUAAAAAAGACCCUCCGACGGUUUCAUCCGUUCCUCCCACUUUUUCACAUGUUUUUCUUCCAACCUAUAAAGUACUUGUUGUUGGAGAUUGUGGUGUGGGUAAGAGUAAUUUGCUCUCACGCUUUACUCGUGAUCGUUUUGAUAUUCAAACACCAUCUACUAUAGGUAUAGAGUUUACUUCACGUGAAUUGGAGGUACCAUCUGUGCAAGUGGGUCAAACAGAACGAGUUAUUGUUCAGCUUUGGGAUACUGCCGGACAAGAGAGAUGUGGAGUGAUUAGUACAGCCUUUUUUCGUAAUGCCGUGGGUGUUGUUUUUGUAUACGAUGUCACCAGAGAAAGUACACUCACCCGUAUCCCUAUGUGGGUAGAGCAUGUACGUAAACACACAUGUGAAGAUUGUGUUGGUAUUGUCAUUGGAAACAAAACAGAUCUCUCACAUCUGUGUACAGUUUCUCAAGAUGACGCGGAAGAUUUAACACAUCGUUUGGGAAUGCGUCAUUUCUUGGCUUCUGCUCUUAAUGGAAAUGGUGUUACACAUGCUUUUAUGCAGUUGGUGUUGGCACUUAAUGCGGUGCAGCAAUUAAAGCGAUCGGCUGCUGUUUCUAUUGCUAGUACUACCAGUAUGACUCAUGCGGGUGGUGUGUCUGAACGAGUUCAAUUAGGUUCAUUAUCUAUUCCACGAUCUUGUAUUGCUAAUGGCACUAUGUGGUCUGUUCCUCUCUCUUCACAUGCCGUUGUUCCUGCUGUUACUAAUGCUUCUAUUAGUACAGCCGCUACCGUACCUUCAUCUCUUUCAUUUUCCCAUUCUUUCUCAUCCCCAAGACCAGAGAAUGGGAGACGGAUGGAUCUACGUGGGUUUGGUUCUCCUCAUGUGCCCCAUGAUAAUGGAAACAAACCAGUCUCUAACUGUUGUUCGUAA